GUUCAAUGUAAUUUUAUCCAUUUCAGCCUUAUUGGCAUUUUGUCCAAUUUUAGCCUUAUUGGUGUUUUGAAAAGUUUUACCCUCAUUGACAUUUUGUCCAUCUCAAUAAAGUUUUGUAAGAUUUUCUCUCUCUUUUUUUUUCUCUCCUCUAUUGUCUAUGUUAUUUUCUCAUUUUAUUUUGACUUUUAGGUAUAUACUCUAAAAUUAUACCAAAUAACUUAAUAAUGUGACUCAAACUGCUUAUAUUUCACAUUAACAAUGUGCCAUUGUUUGGCGAAAGACUGCAAAAUUAGCAAAAUCUUCAAAUAAUUUUAAUAAUGAACAAAAUAUUUAACGAACACGAAUAUGAUACUAAACCUGGAACGAGUUUUGAUCGUCAUUUGACUGAACCAGCUUCAGUUUUCUUUAAUGGAAAAAUACGUAUAUUUAGUGAACUUGAUUUGUCUUCGCGGGAGGGGGAUGUUCUUGUUAAUUUUUGUGCCAGCGAUAUUCUUUCUGGUGAUGAAACAUUUUUGGGAAUUCAUGAACUUUCUGGAGAUAAAUUGAAGGAUGUUUGUGUCAGAUAUAAAUCUCUCGGUAUUGGAAGUUGUCGAUUUACUGAUUCUUUUGGACUCAACAAUUUUAAAAGUAUUUUAAUUUUUUUAUUUUAUUUAAAUUUUUCUAAAGAAAUUGCCCAUUGUAUAUUGCCUCGACCAGUACAAAGCGAUGAUUGUGUUGAUAUAGAUGAACUUGUAGAAUUCGAUUUAAUGCUUUGCUAUAGAAAUGUGAUGGAUUUAUUGAUAGAGAAAGGGUAUAAUUCUGUUGUUUUUACACAUCCACUUCUUUAUAUGGAUAAAACAAGUGUUGUUACUUUGGCUGUAACUGUUUUAACUUAUUGGAUGGAAUUUUCUGUUUAUGCAGAAAAACUCAAUUUCAUCAGCAUUGUCUGUUCAUCCAAAGAAAUUUCACAAUAUUAUAUUAAUAGUUUGGAUGAAUUGUCCGCUCGUGGAUGGGAGGAAUUUGCUAUUUCACAUUCAAAUGUUAUUUAUUCUUAUUUACUUGAGACAUUUGGAUAUGAAGGAAGUAAUUCUGCCGGUUAUAAGGCGAAUGAAAUAGAUCCAAUAUUAAGACUUCGCUAUAUAGAGCCAAUUGAAUAUAGUGAACCACUUUAUGACUUGCGGAUAUUGGAAGUUGUUUUUGAGCGAGAAUAUGCGCCAUUGGUAUUGUUAGAUCACGACUCUAUUCUGCAGCAAUAUCAACAAUUAAGGGACAGUAAAGGAAUGUAUGAUGAGGGAAAUGAGGCUUUGCUUUCUCCAAUGGAGGAUAUAAAUUUAAAUCAAUUUUGUAUUGAAACAUAUGGUUUUGACGAGACAUAUAUUCGACAACAUCCUGAUGAAGUUUACGAAAAACUUCAUUCUAUUUUGUCUAUCGAGGAGAAGCAAGGCGGUCUUUUAAGGCAAUAUAGAAUGACAACUCAAAACCGUGAAGGAGAAACUUUUUACUUUCGAUGUUCUCGUUGCGAGUCCUUAAUGAGAUAUACAAAUGAGCAAUUCCGCCCAAAAAUUAUUGUUCGUGAAGGAUUAAUUCAAGGAGAUUGUUACCCAUCCCACCACCCUCAAUGUUUUCCAGCAAAUAAAGAAUGGGUAAUUCUUCAACAAUUGCAUCGACAAGCUAGAUUAUAUUUAAUUGAAAUGACUACUGCCCAACAAUUUGAAAAUUUUGAUGAAAAUUAUGGAGAAGAUCACGAAUAUGGACAAGAAUUUGUUUAUAAUGAUUAUUUACCUGAUAGCAAUUUGCAACAGAGAAGUAAAGAUUUUGGACAAAGAGAGGUUUUUUAUAUUUUUUAGAAAUUUAGAUUGACCUUAAAGACAAGUGCAUAACCAGGGUCGGAUUUCAGAGUGAGGUUAAGAUUUGGUGGGCCAAUAAUUCUUGAAUUUUUGAAUUUAGAAGGUCGUAAGCGGAAAUUUUUAAUUUUUUCGAUCGUCCUUCUUCCAAUAUUUUCUCUUUUCCCCUACACGCCCUUACUAAUUGUAAAGAACCAAAUAGCUUUAAGUCUGUUUUGGACAUUAAAUUAAAUGUUGAUUAUAUGUUUAUUCCUGGAUUGGACAUCAAGCAAGAGACUGUUGAUGAUGAUGAUCUUGGUUUGUAUUUUACAAUGGGUAUACAGGGGUUGGAUUUCAGGGGAAUUGGGCCUCUGGAUAUGCCCUUAGUAUUUUAAUAAAAUCAUUUUUUAGCCUAUAUCGGAUCUAAAACGAAAAAAAAUCAACAAAAAAUAGAACAAAAUAAAAUUAAAGAAGAUAUUAUUACUAAUGGCAAAAAGAGUAAAAAAUUCCGAAUAAUUCGUAAAAGAGGAGGUAUGACAGAUAUGGCUUUUGAUUGGCGUGAAACUGAUUUUAAUGAUGGAAAUAAAGGAAUGAAGAAAUAAAAGGGGAGUAAUUAAAAUUGAAA